AUGUCCCCCCUCCCGCAGCACUCCCCUUCUCCCCCUUUCAGCACCCUCCUUCCCCCUCUGACAGCACCUCAACUCCCUCAUAGGACUAAUCCCUUCCCCCUCUGCCCUCAACUCCUUUCCCCUUCCUUUAUCACCUCCCUUCCUCCUCUGACCUCACCUCCCUUCCCCCUCUCACUGCACCUCCCUUCCCCCUCGGAUUGCAUCCCCCUUCCUAAACCCACAGCACCUCGCUUCACCCUUUGGCCUACCAUGCCAUCCGUCCUCUCUCAGCUCCUCCCUUCCCCCUUUGACGUGACUUCCACCUCCCUUCCCCUUCUCGCAAACCCCCCUUCCCCCCUCUGCCCUCACCUCGCUUCCCCUUCACACAACACCUCCCUUCCCCCCUCUGACCUCACCUCCCUUCCCCCUCUCACAACACCUCCCUUCACCCUCUGCAAUAUCUUCCCCCCCCCCCUCUGA